AUGUCCACCGACUCUCCCCCCCUCUCAACCACCGAAACCGUCCCUCCCCCAACAACAUCCACUCAGACCUCCGACCCCCAAGGCCAAUUCUCCGCCGCCGUGGACGAUCUUCUCGACCAACUACAACAUAAAUUCGAUGGGGUGUCGAGGGAGAUGUUUGGGAAGUUGGACGAUAUGGCGCGACGAUUGGAUGAAUUAGAGGCUUCGUUUACGGUUGUGGAUGGGACGACAGCGGCUGCGGGGACAGGGACGGGGACGGGGAGUACGACGGGGAGUGGGAGUGUGAGUGGGAGGGGGAGUCCGGAGAAGUGA